AUGGCCUCCACUCAAAAGAAACCUACAAAGAAGGAGGCGAAAAAGUUCAUCCAGUCCAAGGCGUACUUUACCUCUCCAUUUUCUACGCAGUGGCGCCCCCUUCCUCAAGAUGACAUGAGUUUCAUCCUGCAGACUCUCAAAGACAAACUUGAGUCCUCUGGGUUCCAGAAGAAGGAGGAGAGAGGUUUUCGACCGUGGAGAAAGAAGGGGAUUCAAUCGGACACCCCUAAAGCCCCCAGUGCGGGGGAAAACGGCUGGACUGAUCUGUCAGUGAGACGACAACUGGCCAUCGGCAUAAACGAAGUGACCCGAGCUUUGGAGAGGAAUGAUCUCCAGCUUCUGCUCGUGUGUAAGUCGGUCAAACCCCAACACAUGACAGAGCACUUGAUUGCACUGAGCGUGAGCAGAGAGGUGCCCGCCUGCCAGGUCCCGUGGCUGAGUACCACCCUGCGCGAGCCAAUGGGACUCAAGAGUGUCCUGGCUCUGGGCUUCAGGAAGCCUCAAGACGUUGACCUUAAACAUGCCAAGAGCAGCUCACAAGGCCAGUGUCACUGUGGAGCCAUGUCCAGUUCAGGUACCUGUGUUUUCAGAUACUGA